AUGCGUAUGAUUCCUGUCGUCGUAGUUUUUCUACUCACUGUUCUUACGAAAUCUUCUCAUUGCUCGGUUCCAUUCGUGAUCAAUCCCGGUUGUGAUUUACCUGAAUGUUUACUUCCAGGUUAUCCAGCUAUAUUCUAUGCAUAUCAUUAUCUUGCCGAUGUUACGAUUCACAUUCUGUAUUCGUCAUUGGAUGAACUAACGAUCAGUAUUAUUCAAACGAAGAAAGGUUACGGUCCACAUUUGAAUUACACAGCUUUGUUUUCGGGAAAUUAUUCGGGCGCUAUUUCGUUUGCCGACACAGUUCCACUCAAUUCGUUCUCACUAAUCGCUCGACGUUUAAUGCAAUUCGAUGAUAAAAACGACACAGGCAUUUUGAAUGAGAAUGAUGCGUCGAUACAAUCCUAUUGGUUAAAUGAUUUGCAUACAAACCUGACUCGUGAUAAUAAGAACGUAACGCAACCAUCAUUUCAAUUACCAUUGAAAAAUAUAACUGGCUUAUUGACGAUUGAUAUCAACUAUCCCGGUGAGGACACACGUGAUACUAAAUUUCCAAAACUACGUUCUUCACCCAAAAGUUACUUUCUAAAUAUCGCUCUACAGGCUGAUAACAUCACGUCAAAGAACACACGAUUUGCUAUGGAAUACUAUCUGAUACAGUUAGGUGUCGAAGGUACACAACUGUCAACAUCAAAGUAUAUCGAUGAUCAAUAUACACCGGGUAUAUUCAAUGUCUGGCAAAUCAAAUCUCGCAGUCCAAUAUACUCUUCAUCGAUGUUAUGGAAACCAGUUGUCUAUCAAAGCGCCGAUCGUUCUAUCGAGAAGAACACACUAAUGACGGUAUAUGAUCUAAAGAAUAACAUCAGCCUCGACCAAUCAAUUGAUCAAGGCAUUUUCAAAGCUCUUUACAACAAAACAUACGUAUCAGCAUUCAAUGUUUCACUCGGCCGAGCAAAUGACGGUUUUUUCGUGAAAUCUAAUUAUUCGUUUAUUCAAUUCACAGCUGGCCUAGAUAUUCUCGAAAUGGAUUCGAUCAAGCAAUUUGUUACGCUCGCACUCGUUUUCAGUCUUCUUCUACCAUGUUUAGUCGCCUUCAUUGCAUUGAUCUUUAUUAUGAAACGUCGGUGUUCACGAUCGAAUACCGCAGGUUAUGAUGCUAUUGAUGAUUAA